UCUCAUCAUCGCGUAUAAAAUAACCUCACCACCCUUCUCACGCCCCUCCUUCCUCUCCACCUUCCACGCAUCGAGCCAGCCACUCGCUCUCUCCCCCUCGAUCACAGCUUCUACCCCCUUGACCUGAUCGCCAUGCGUGUGCAGUGCGACGUCUGCGGCGUCGAGCCGGCCGCCGUGCUCUGCUGCGCCGACGAGGCCGCGCUCUGCUCCCCCUGCAACCGCCGCGUGCACCGCGCCAACAAGCUCGCCGGCAAGCACCGCCGCAUCACCCUGCUCCAGCCCUCCGCUGCCACCGAAGACGCCGGUCCGCUCUGCGAUGUCUGCAAGGAGCGGAGGGGGGUCGUGUUCUGCGUGGAGGACCGCGCCAUCCUCUGCGCCGACUGCGACGAGCCCAUCCACAGCGCCAACGAGCUCACCGCCAAGCACAGCCGCUUCCUCCUCGUCGGGACCAAGCUCUCCGCCGAGCCCGUGGACCAGGAGAUCCCCUGCCCCGACGGAAGCUCCGACGAGCAUGACGACUCCUCGGCCGCCGAGGUCAACACCCCCGCAGUUCUUGAAGUUGAAGCCAGCCACGGCAAAGGAGGAGCAGAGGUAGGACGCGACAGCAGCAGCAUCUCGGACUACCUCACCAACAUCUGCCCCGGCUGGCGCGUCGAGGACAUCCUCCUCGACGACGCUGCCUUCGCCGCUGCCGCCGCCAAGCAGAAGGGCCGCGACGAGCAGGUGCCGUUCCUGGACGCCGACCUGUUCGACGUGGUCUCCGGCGGGCGGCCGGGUAAGCGCGGCGCCGCGUGGGCGCCACACGUGCCGCAGACGCCGGCGCCGCCAGCGUGGGGCUUCGAGGAGGUGCCGUUCACUAUGGUGGCCGCGCCGACGGCGAAGGCCAAGCAGGGGCACGUGAAGGAUUGGUACCACAGCGACAGCGACAGCGACGUGUUCGCCGUGCCGGAGAUCUCGCCACCGCCGCCGGCCAAGAGGGCGCGGCCGUCGUCGUUCUGGUGCCUGUGAGCGAGCUAUCACUGUCGCCGCGCAGUGAUCGGGCGAGGUAGCUGGCUCGAUCGGUCGAUCGAUCGAUCGCUCACUAGUGUAAUCUUUGCUCGUUGUAGCUUGGUGUGACUGUCACUGAGCUAAUGCUGCUAGCUGAACUCUAGUAAUUUUGGGGCAACUAUGAUGAUGUUAUGUAGUACUAUGAGAUUGAGAUGUUUUAAAUUGUUUCAUAAAUAAGUAAUGUAUCUCCAUCUCCUUCAAUUCUCGCAUUCGAAAUUUCAAUUGCUAAAACCCAAAUGUACGAGACUGAUAUAUAUGUGGUUGUAUGAUAUAUGUGGUUGUAU